AGGACCACAAAUUGCUCUGUUAAAUCUCGCUUAGUGUCAGGUGACAAUUUGCAUACAAUAACAACGAGACUCUAGUCAAAAUGAGUCAUAAUUCACUAACUUCCAAUGCAUUAAACUCAAAAGUAACUGAAGUUAAACAUAAUUCCCACGACGCGGCUACAGUCAACCCGUGUGGGGCUAAAGCCAUCAGCCCUACUGGGGCUAAAGCUAUAAGACCUUCUGUGUCUGGUGCAAUAAUUUCAUUUAGGGUCGAAGGAAAUUCGCACCACACGCAAACAGUGGGGAGGGACCCUAACUUCCGAGUUCCUCUAAGGCCUUUUGUUCCUCAAUCACAUCUCAGGACUGGCAGCAAUGAAGUCAGACCAGGCCUGAGAGGCCACAAGCAAACCGCCCAAGACGCCGGUCUUGAUGAUGAACCAAAUAGAGCUGCGAAACGGCGACGUAGCGACGUCUUGGGCGCGUUGCCCGGUUCCAAGAACCCCAUCUGGCUCCUGAACGAGAUACGACCCGGGCUCGUGUACAGGGAUGUGCAGCAGAGUGGGCCAGCGCAUGCCCUUACCUUCACUGUUGCCGUCAUCAUAAAUAAUAAGGAGUACCGAGGUACGGGACGGAGGAAGAAGCUGGCUAAGCACAACGCAGCGACAGCCGCGCUUGCUGAUCAGUUCCGUUCCGCUCACAGCGUCACUCAGGGGCUAGUGGCCCGCAAUCCUAGCAACUCUGGUACUCCGGAUUUCACUGAAGACGACUGCGUUGAGAACUUUGACCUGACCUACGACGCAUGGAUCACGACUAACAGGGGCGUCCAUACAGAUUCCAGCGUAACUCCGGUAAACUCAAUGACGGAACAAUACCAAAACUUCAAAGCCAUGCCAGUCAAUGCACAUCCGGUAUCCUCCUCAUGGGCAUCCUCUUCAUGCGCAUCCUCCUCAUUAGCGUCUUCCUCAUUAGCGUCUUCCUCAUUAGCGUCUUCCUCAUUAGCAUCCUCCUCGUUAGCGUCCACCUCGUUGGCAUACUCCGCCCCCUAUGCCGCUGCAGUUUCAGCUGACGACGUUCCAGCCGUAAGCAACUGCACGACAGACAUGGGGGCCAGCAUUAGCUCAGCUGCAAAGACCGAGUCUCCUCUGGGCACGAUAUUCCCUAGAAAAGUUUUACGUGGGCAACGUAGCCGUUUGGCCGGAGGUGCCACUAUCUCCCCUGGUGGUUGCUGGGACAGCUCACGCAGCAGCAGCGGCGCCUGUUCGGAUGCUGCAGUAGAAUCUAUGUUAGGAAGCGUUUCUUCAUCAGUGCCUGCGUAUCCACUUCAGCGCUGCUUCUCCACUCCAGCGAUGGACCAGCCAAGUGGCAUUAAACUUCAUCCCCAGCCUAACCAGUCUCCAGGGGUGAGCAAGGUCACGAGAAAGAACCCUAUUAAGUUACUGAAAAAAAUGAAUGGCGAUUGCAAGUACACUUCGGUUCGGGUAGACGGCGAUCCUCAAGCGUGCGUCUUCAAGUGCGAACUGCGCUGCGAUAAGAAACUCUUCAAUGGCACAGGCAGCACCAAAAAGCGCGCUCGUGAAGCGGCGGCACGCCAGGCACUUAGCGUGAUCUAUGGCUUGCAGGCCUGCAGCUCCUACAGCAGAUUACAGCAGACGCAGUUUGGUUCUUUGCAGCAUCUCCAGAUGCCCCAGACCAUCGCUGAUAUGAUUGCCAAACUCGUUUGCGAAAAAUUCAUGACGCUGACCAACAACAACUCGACCAUUGCUAAAGGCAAGGUACUGGCGGGCAUCGUGGUCACGGACGAUGAAGAUUCUGAUGCCACAUUCAUCCUGAGUGUCAGCACUGGCACCAAGUGUGUCAGUGGCGAGAGAUUGAGCAUUACCGGCCAAUGUCUCAACGACUGCCACGCUGAAAUUGUAUCCAGACGAUCCCUUGUUCACUUCCUCCUGGCCCAAGUGGAGCUCUAUCGUGCAAUCAUAAGUGGCGAGUUGCCGCCUGACACUCCUUGCAUGAUUGAACAAGUACCCAACUACUCUGAGUUUAGACAACUUCUUAAAGUAAAAGACCGCUACAAGUUUCACCUAUACAUCAACACAGCUCCUUGUGGGGACGCCAGAAUCUUCUCCCCCCACGAGGAAAAAGCCCAGGUCGCGGAUCCUCACCCCAACAGGCCUAGUCGCGGUCUUCUUAGGACCAAGAUUGAGGCCGGUGAAGGCACCAUACCUAUUAAGGUGAUUGAGAGCGUGCAGACCUGGGAUGGCGUGAUGCGGGGCGAGCGUCUGCGCACGAUGUCGUGUUCGGACAAGUUGGCUCGUUGGAACGUGCUGGGGGUGCAGGGUGCGAUGCUCUCACACUACCUCAUGCCCGUCUACCUAGAGUCCAUCGUGCUGGGGUCGCUCUUCAACGCCUCGCACAUGUACAGAGCUUUAUAUGGGCGCAUUGAAAACAGUCUAAAAGGACUACCCGUGCCAUUCAUGAUGCACAAGCCCAAGAUGAACAGAGGAAGCAGCGUCGAGAGAAGGCAACCUCAGAAAGCGUCGUCGCUUUCUCUAAACUGGGACUGCGUGACCGACAACGUUGAAAUCCUGAACGCCGUGACAGGCAAGCAGGAAGAUGAACAAACUUCGCGACUGUGCAAGCGUAGUCUCCUGAAGAGGUUCUUGUUGCUGGUGCAGAAAAUGCCUCCUGGCUCAGGCCUCACAUUCGCAGAGGCCGCUUACUCUCCCUACGAUGGCAUCAAAGCUAAGGCUAAAAAGUAUCAGGAGAGCAAGCGCAUUCUGGUCCAGAGCUUCGAGCAAGCCGGCUGUGGGACGUGGAUCAAGAAGCCUUAUGAACAGGGAGACUUCUGCGUGAGUCUCAACGAGCUCACUUCUACAAUUACAUAUGCCGCGAGCGCCGCCAAGGCUCUCAUUACUAAUACUACAUGGGACACGCUGUCCGAUAACGACGUCAUAGUUUUAAAUUAAAGACCAUUCGUAAGGUUUCAGUUACCAAUGUAUUUACUUAUUCCAGUC